AUGGUUUCGGUCUCUGAUAGGAAUAAAGAUUUACCUUUUGGUGGGAAGGUGGUCGUUCUCGGUGGUGAUUUUAGGCAGGUCUUGCCAGUUAUUUCGAAAGGUUCUCGUGCUGAGAUUGUCAUGGCUUCGAUAAAUUCUUCUGUCCUCUGGAAAUAUUGUGAAGUUUUGUGUCUGACGAAAAAUAUGAGGUUAACAAUGGGAUUGGAACAAUCAACUCCUCAGGAGUUAAGGUCAUUUUCAGAUUGGAUACUUCAAAUCGGUGAAGGUCGAUGUAGAACAGUGGUCAAUGAUAAACUUUUUGUUGAAAUUCCUUCUGAUCUAAUCAUUCCUGUCUUGGAAAAUCCAGUGGAAGAUAUUGUAAAUACAAUCUAUCCGAAUUUGGUUAAGAAUUUUCGUGAUCCAAGUUUUUUCCAGGAUAGGGCAAUUUUGGCUCAGACUGUCGACAAUGUUGAAGAGAUAAACAAUUAUAUAGUUGACUUGUUGUCCGGGGAGGAGAAAAAUUAUCUCAGUGCUGAUUCGAUAUGUGGUAGUGAUGUCUAUUCUAAUGUUGAUGUUGAUUGGAUAAAUGUUGAAUUCUUGAAUCAGAUUAGGUGUUCUGGUCUACCUAAUCAUUCGUUGAAGAUGAAAAUAGGCGUGCCUAUUAUUUUGUUGAGGAAUAUUGAUCUAGCUGGGGGUUUGUGUAAUGGGACCCGACUUGUUGUGCGAGAUUUAGGGAGAAAUGUGAUCGGUACGGAUAUUGUUUCUGGUAGCAAUGUUGGGGAUAAAGUUUUUAUCAGUAGAAUGAAUAUGAUUUCCAGUGAUACAGUUAUAUUAUACCGUUUAAAUUCCAACGCCGUCAGUUCCCGGUUUCUCUGUCGUUUGUGA